GCUAAUAAAUGCUCAAACCAAUCAAAUCACUCAAGGAUGAACUUUGAAAGCGGUUCAUUUCCUUUGGAACACAUUGACAAUCGAAGCAAUAGAUCAACGUCAUUCCAAAGCUCAGGGUCCAAUAGAUCAUCACAAUCACAACAAGAUCCAGAACAACAACCACAACAACAUGAGAGCCCACAAAUGACAUUACACUCACCUCCAAAGAAUAUAUAUCGAUUUAUUUUUUUUCAGCAUGUGUAUGGGUUUUAGGUGCAGGUAUGACGGACGGUGUUCUUGGUUCCUUACUUCCACAUAUCGAAAAACAGUACAAUAUCAACUAUGCAAUAGUUUCGUUACUAUGGCUGGGGAAUGCACUGGGAUGGAUUCUUAUUGGCUUCACUGGUCAUUAUCUUGAUGAUUUUAUAGGGAAAUGGAAAUCAUUAAUCUUAUCUGCUUUCUGCUAUAUAAUUAUGAGUUCUAUUUUAGCAAGUGGCACACUGUUCCCUGUGUUGGUUGUUGGUUUGUUCUUUGGUGGUGUAGGUGGUGCUAUUGGGUUGAGCCAAUUGAAUAUCUUUUUGUCAAAGCUGGGGCCAAAAUAUUUAGGAAUAUAUCAUGGGUGUUACGGCGUUGGAGCAUGUGCAGGUCCUUUGUUAGCUACAGUGAUGACUGAUAGAGGUUUGAAGUGGAACUACUUUUAUUUUUGUUUGUUGGGUUUGAGUUUGAUAAAUACUGUAUCCAUGAUGAUAACUUUUAAAGGAUGCGAUGAAGAUCUAAAACCUUACUAUAACGAUGACAAUGAUGAAGCUGAAGCUGGUGUCAAAAAGAACCACGAUUUUGUUGCUGCUUUAAAAGAUUUGAGGACCUGGCUAGGGUGCAUCUUUAUAUUUUUUUAUCAAGGUUCAGAAGUGUCAAUGGGAGGUUGGGUUGUUACUUUCAUCUUAAACUAUAGAAAAGGGAACCCUUCAACUGUUGGUUUUGUUUCCUCUGGGUUUUGGGCUGGAGUAACAGUGGGUAGGUUCUUUUUGACAAGUUCUAUGAUUAAAUAUAUUGGGAGUAGAAGAUCAGUCAUAAUAUUAGCAGUACUCUGCAUUGCAUUUGAUAUACUAACAUGGCUCAUACCUGAACAAAUCGCUGCCGGUGUAUUUGCAUCAUUAGCAGGUGUCUUUAUUGGACCAAUUGUUCCAAUUCUUUACUCAUUCUUUGCAAGAACAUUACCAAGACGUAUCAGAUUUUGCUCAAUGGUGUUGAUGACUGCUUUUGGAAGUUCAGGAGGUAGUGCAGUCCCAUUUAUGGUUGGUAUGUUGAGUCAAGUCUCAGGAACCUAUGUUCUUCAUCCUAUUUUCCUUGCUUGUUAUGCUGUGAUGUUUAUAGUUUGGAUUAUGAUGCCUAAUAUUGAGAGAAAGGGAGCACACAAAAACUUAUGGCAAAAGUUUUGGUGA